AUGUCUGUUUAUAUUCAGCUAACGCAUGACCUGUCAGGUACUGUGACAGCAGUAACGAUUGGAGAUUGGAUAUUAGGAAUUUUAAAAGAGAAGAAUAUUCAAGAGUAUGAAGUAUUUUUUAAAAAGUUUUUGAAUAUAUAUCAGAAGCAAGAUAAAGAUUCUGAAUGUAAUAAUAGAUCUGAGAUAUUUUCAUUAUUAUUAUCAGCAAGUGAUUUUGUAUUUGAAACGUUAGUAGAAACCAAAAAAAAUAAUAAAAUAAAAGUAAUAAUAGAUAAUAAAGAGAGUGUAAAGAGUUAUAAUGAAUUUUAUAAAGAAGUAGAAGAAUAUUUUGUAAUAUUAAUAUCUAUAUUACAAUUAGAAUUUAAGAGUGUUGAAGAAUUAAAUAAUGCUACAAAUAAUUUUAUUAAAGCAAUAAAAAAUUAUAAUGAAUUUCCAGAAUUACGUUUAAAAAUAUUACAAUUAUUAUAUAAUUCAUUUAAUGUAAAUUUUUCAUUUCGAUUUCCAACUUUUAUUGCAAUAUUACAAUUUUGUUCUCAAAAUAAUAUAUUUCAUAAUAUGUUACCAUAUAUAAAAUUUAUAGAUGAUUGGAUUAAAGAAUGGAAUAUAUCUACUAGAGAAAAAAGACAUAUCUAUUUAAUUAUAUCACAAGAAUUAAAGAAAUUAAAAAAAUUUGAUGAAUCAUAUGAACAUUUAAAAAAACAUAUUUAUUAUUAUGAUAAUGAAAAUAAAGAUAUUUUAAAUCAUACAAAUUGUAUUAAUGCUAGUAUUGAAUUAAUUGUAGAUGCUAUAAAUAUUAAUAAUAAUAUUUAUUUUCAUGAAAUUAUUAAUUUACAAGCUAUACAAAAUUUACAAUAUAUACCUCAACAUCAAGCAUUAUAUGAAUUAUUACUUAUUUUCUAUAAAUAUACUAUACAUGAAUUCUUAGUAUUUAAAAAUAAACAUGGAUUAGAAUUUUUUAAAAAUUAUAAUAUUGAUAUUCAAGCUUGUGAAAAUAAAAUUUAUCUAUUAUCAAUUAUAUCAUUAUUCAAUGAUCAGAAAGUACAAAAUCUACAAUCCAUUUCAAAACAAUUAAAUAUUUCACUAGUUCAAAUAGAAAAUAUUCUUGUUACAGCUAUUGGUAGUGGUGUUAUAGAUGCCAAAAUAGAUCAAAUCAAUCAAACAGUUCAUAUGAAAACAACCAUACUUAGAAAUUUUGAUGAAGAAAAUUGGAAACAUCUCAAUAAUCAAAUAACCAAGUAUAUUAAUAAUGUACAAAAAAUAUUGGACCUUACUAAACAUGCCAACAAAUAA